GCCGCCACUUGCACCGGAUAUCGUUUUGUAGACGCGAUGUAGUUGUUGGAUAAACGAGCGGUCGAAUGGUUGUGUGAGCAAACGAACGAAAAAACGACAAUGAACAAAUGCAAACAGCCUAAAACAAAGAUACGUCAGAUAAUUUUAUUGCCGUAAAAAAUUAAAACUAAAUUGCUAAAAGACACGAUAAAGAGAUAAAUCACAAAAGACAUAAAACAUUUGAAGUGUAAAACGUUGUAUAAAUUUCAAUUAAAAGCGAAUUACGCGCAAAAAAAGCGCCCUCUCCUAACAAAGAACGCACAAUUUCGCAACAGCAGCCUACGCACCUCUCCUUCGACCACAAGUUCCCACUUCCAAAACCAAAUUUAACUAACUCAUAACUGUAUUUAACACACAAUGAUCAAAUUGAAAUCGUUGUUCCGCAGAGGGCAAGGCCCCUCGGGCUCCUCGAAGCAUUCCUCCUCCAAUAGCCGUCACAAAUCGCAGUCCACCACAUCGCUGAACACGGUUGGCAGCAGCAGUCAGGAGCCCGCCGCACCGACGGCCGCCUCAGCCGCCAACACAGCCACAUUUUAUCCGCCCAUCGAUCCGGUCACAGAACGCGGCGUCGACGUAGGCGAGGGUGAUUUGAAUAUCGUUACCCCACUAGCAGCGCGCACGCGCAGUCGCACACCAGAGGCGCUGCGCCACACCAACAACAAUAGCAACGCUGCGCAAAUAAGCGCCGCCAACAGUGCCAAUACUUUGCCACACAAGAAGCCAAAGGUCGCCGGCAUCGGCAAGAAGGGUCAGAAGCAGCCAAAGCAAUUGCCAACGACAGCGCAGCCACAUGCGCCGCCAGCACGCGCUGAGGUCGUAGUCGCUACCGCACCAGUUGGCAAUGUAAUGACGACAAUAGCCGCUGCGCCGGGAAGUCACAAUUCCGCGGUUAAUACAGCAACCAAUAACAAUUACACCACCGGCGGCGAAUUGAUUAGCGCGUCCAUUGGGCAAGUGGCGCUACCGACUCCAGCCGAAGCGGGCAUAGAUUUGUACAAGUUGAAUGCGGCCAAUUAUCAGCAAUUCAUUAACAACGAGCAACUAUUGCAACAGCAACAACAACAUCAACAACAAUUGUUAGAGGCUAACAACAAAAUGCAGGAUCUGCAGGCGCAGCUAGAGCGUCUGGGUCACGAAAAAUCAUUGCUGGAAGCGCGCAUUGCCGAGCUGCUGCCAUAUCAGGCCGAAGUGGGUAAACUGAAGGCGGAGCUGCUCAAGAUGCAGAGCCAGCACGAGAAAAGUCAAUUGGAGGUGACAAAUCUCAAGUACGAGAAUGAGUCGUUGCGCAAUCGUUUGCGUGAUGUUGUCAACUCGCCAUUAUCAGACGCGGAGAAACACCAAAUCAUACAAGACUCGCAGCGAUUGCACAGUUCAGCGCCGGCCUCAAUUGCGCUGCCAAGUACUACCGACAAUGACGUGGGCACACCCUGUCUCACGCCCGAUUGGGAUAAGCACUCCUCAUCAAGCGAAAUUUCCGUCGCCUGCCUGCAAGAUAAGAUCAUACAAAUGGAGGAGACGCAUUAUUCGACCAAUGAAGAACUGCAGGCCACACUGCAAGAGCUAGCCGAUUUGCAGGCCCAGUUGAGUGACGCACAGGCGGAGAACGAACGUUUAGCCGAGGAGAAGGAUGUGCUCUUUCAGACACUGUGUCGCCAAACUGAGAAACUGAAUGAUUCGCGCACACAAAUCAACACGCUACGCACCGAAAUCAGCUCCUCUGAACGCGAACGUAAACUACUCGAUCUGAUUAAGACAUCGCAGGAAGAACGCGAAGCGAUACUCGUCAAGCAGGAGGAGCUCAAUGCCGAAUUGCAGGAGUUACGUCAACAGCUGGAGACCGCCUUGGCCGAUUGUACACGUACGCGCGAACGCAAUGCGCUGUUGGACUCUACCGUCGAUGCGGCGAACGCCGAACGCAAACAAAUUGAAGCGCAGCUAACACAGGCCAAAGAGGAGAUCUCACAGCGCAGCAUCGAGAUAAAUCGCCUGAGCACGCUGCUGGAGAAUGCACGCUCAAAAAUCGAAGAACUGGAGCAAGAUUUGGCGCGUGGUGAAAAAACCGAUCUUACCGAUUUAUUGGACGCGGCCCGCAAAGAGAAGGAUACGUUGGAGGAGCGGGUGGCCGAGUUGCAGGAUCAGUAUUCGCGCAGUCAGGCGGAAAUUCGACGAAUCAAAGAACAGCUGUCCGGCGUGACUGAGGAGUGCAAGGUCGCAAAGAAUAAUGCCAAGUGUGCCGUCUCACAUCUGGAAUAUCGGCUGGAGCAGCUGCAACAGGAGAAGGACAAGUUGAGCAGCGAGCAUCAGCAGCUAGUCGAUAGCACCAACGAAUUGCAGGUGCAAUGCAAAUGUCACUUGGAAGACAAGCAACAGUUACAAAACCUACUCAGCGAGACGCAGAAACAUUUGGGCGAUGUGGAGGGCAAACUGAAUGCGACCGAAAAACAGCUCGAGGAGGAAGUAAAGUUGCGCAAACAGGAGGCAGAGGAAUGGCAACAGUUCCAGUCGGACUUGCUAAUGACGGUACGGGUGGCCAAUGACUUUAAGACUGAAGCGUUGAGUGCGCGCGAACAGAUGGUGCUCGACAACAAAACGCAAAAGGAGAAGAUACGACUGCUGGAGCAGCAAAUAGAGAAGCUGACAAAACAACAAAUGCAACAGAAUGAAACGCAGCAAUCGGUGCUGACCACUGUCCAACAAGAAAUGGCUUCGCGGCGCAGUAAAAUCGGCAGCAGUCUGAAUCGGCAAGACUCGCGGCUGUCGGUGAAGACGCUUAUCGAGAGCAUUGAGAACAAUAAGCCAAAAGUCGAGGAAACUGAGUCACAUUACAGUUCCACAUCUAGCUUAAAUAGCGCUACACCGGAGAUAACGGGCAACCUACUGCCACCGGUCAUUGGCAAUAAUACAACGAAUAGCGACUGGGCUGAAAAUGUGCGUCUACAAACUACAACAACCAUUAACAGCAGUAGCAUUAACAGCAUUACAAACAGUAAUACCGUCAACAAUACACCUGCCAAAGGACCGCUGCGCGAACAGCAACAACAAACGCCGGCAACAACAACACAAACUAGCUUAGUCUCGAAUCUGCAUCACUUUAGCGGCCUCAACAGUGUAUCGAGCAAAUCUCUUCUAAGUGGCGAACGCAAGGAUCCGUUGAAUAUGUUGGCGAAAAACGGCGGCUCGAAACGCAAUGCGCUGCUGAAAUGGUGUCAAAACAAAACCGUCGGCUAUCGCAAUAUUGACAUAACAAAUUUCAGUUCGUCCUGGAAUGACGGUUUAGCGCUCUGUGCAAUACUACAUUCCUAUCUGCCGGAUCGUAUACCCUACGACACGCUCAAUCCGACCAACAAGCGACGGAACUUCUCCCUGGCGUUUGCGGCGGCCGAAUCUGUGGGCAUACAAACGACUUUGAAUAUAAACGACAUGUGUCAGCUUGAGCGGCCCGACUGGACGCAGGUGAUGUCCUACGUAACGGCAAUUUACAAACAUUUCGAAACGUAGACGCGGGCGCCAUGACAAACACGCACAUGCGCACUUGUACAAUUUUGUGAGAUAAGUUGGACAGCAACAAAUGCUUAUAUUUGUACUUUCCUGCUGUGUGUUGUUCGUUCGGUAUACGCAGAUGGCAAUGUAGUGAGCGUGAAUGAAAAUGGGAAAAACUAAGACUUAACGCAGUAUGCUGUAUUCUUGAUAGACACAUUAUUUA